AAGAUUAUUACACGCGAAUUUAUAUGACCAACUAUCCACCAUCUGCAAUAUCGUAAGUGAAUAUGUAUUUGCUCUGCAGUUUUACUUGGUGAGCAGCCCCACCAAUUUUGUGAUGGGCUACCUAUACGUUGCGACCAGGCUUUUAUGGUUCAAGGCGUCGUUUCUGGGUUUGGGAUGGGCCUAACGUACGCUCCUAGCAUUGCGGUCGUCUCUCAACACUUCUCCCCCAGAAAACGCACAUUGGUGAUGUCUCUCGUCACAUCCGGUACACCACUUGGUUCCAUGAUUCAUCCGAUCAUGCUCAAUAACCUUUUGAAUGGUACUGUCGGCUUUGCAAAAGGCGUUCGCGCCAGUGCAGGUUUUGUCAGUGCUCUGUUGUUGAUUGCUUGUUUAUCCGUGCGUACAAGAGAACUGCCAGCACCGACUAUCGGUUAUACUGUAGUGGCGCGAAAAUGCUCUCGCGAUGUUCUCUUCAUCCUCAUGACCGUUGGGUCAACACUAUUUCAGAUUGGGUUUUACUUCCCUCUGUUUUACUUGCAACUGGACUCUACCAAACAUGGACUUGAUAUCAAUUUCUCGUUUUACUCCCUUGUGAUCAUGAAUGCAGCCUGUUUUAUCGGACGCUGCAUGACAGGAACAAUUGCGGCAUAUGCAGGGGUGUUGAACUCCACGAUCGCAUCCACUGUCGCAUGCAGUGCCAUCAUAAUAUCCAUGAUAGCUCUGAGUGACAUGGCCAGUGUGGUCGUCUUGGGACUUGCAUAUGGUUACUUUUCUGGAGUUUUCAUCGCGCUGAUAGUCCCAUUGGUGGCUGUAUUGACGCCUGAUUUAUCUGAGCUAGGAGCGCGAAUGGGCAUAUGUUUUGCCUUCACUUCCUUUGGUGGAUUACUUGGGGGUCCAAUAUCAGGUGCUUUGCUCGGUUCUCAAUAUAAGUGGUGGAUAGCGUCGCUCUUCAGUGGGUUGAUCUCCCUCGUGGGAAGUUUGAUAUUCGUGGUGAUGCGCCUGAUUAUAUACCGCCGAGGAAUAAAUGGGAGCCCAUAGCUGGCGGGGAUACGUGAACUAGUUGUUCCAUUUGGAUUCUAUCGAGGUCGUUAUUCACUCGUGCUAGAUGAUUGGAAACAUGUGACGACCUUCGGUCGUUGCUUUUUAUUGGCACACUUAUGUCAAUCCAUUACACAAGCAGAUAUUCGUACCUAUAUUCGCGUUAUCUUUCUCCUCAUUUACUCCUGAAGAUAAGCACACGUGGAACAACGCAGUAUACACAACAACGAGCGAAAAAAUCACUUCCGAGAUCUA